AUGCCGCUGCAAGCCUUCUCAACUACCGCGAGGGUGCGGCAGCGACCCAAGCUGCCUUCGUUGGAUGCGCCACUCUCGGCUAGAGAGGCCCACGCUGCUCACUUUGAAACUUGCAGCAGCUUGCUAACGGCUCGCCGCGGCGUGCGUGAGCCUCGCGAGCCUCGCGAGCCUCGCGAGCCUCGUGAGACCGGGCGCGAGACGAGGUCUGAGAGGCUGCGGGAUGCCCCGGCGGAUGCUGACUCCGGAGUCCUAGAAUCCGGGUAUCCGGCCUUGCCUCCAGCCCUGGGGGCUGCCUUGGGCGAUCCGGUCUCGCUCCUGGCUUUGGAGGACUGGCACAAGACGCACUCGGGCCUCCCGGAGGAGCAGCAGGGCUUCGAGUCCAAGCUGCUGGCGUGUGAGGCUCGCUUCCGCAAGAUAGAGCGCCUCUCUGCGCGGCUCACCUUGCCCAACAGCGUGGUCACAGCCGUUGCUGCAGACCUGCUGCGGGACGUGGUGGACACGCUGCCGGGCCCGAUCCGGAAGGUGGCCACCAGCAUUUUGCGGCAGAUCGAGGCGUCCAUCUACAGCGACGAGCCCACGAGCCCGGCGGAGAGGGCCCAGCUGGCCGAGGUGCUCGGAAGCUACAAGGGCCGGGAGGGCCAUGACCUCGGUGAGCGCCAGCCCUGGUUCGCCGUCGUGCGCAGGCAGCAGGUGACCUUGGAGCGCAUGGAGGAGCAUGUUGCCGAGAUGCAGGAGGUGGUGGACCUCCACCUGGCAAGGCGGAAGAGUGUCCUUGACUUCAUUGUGCGAUUGCAGGGUCAGGAACGGCUCAUCCUCCAGCAGUGGCUCUUCAACUUCUGGGUCUUCACGUAUCGCGAGCGGAAGGCCCGCAUGGAGAAGAUGUCCACCUCCGUGCUGGCGGUGCCGGAUGACUUGGUCACGCCUUUCCUAAGCUGGCGGCUCUACGUCUCGCAGCAGCGCCUGGUGCGGGCGCGCGCGAAGUGCGCGGAAGUGGACAAGGAGGCGUCGCAGCUGGCGAACAAGAUCACCGAGGUCGAGGUCGAAAACCAAGAGCAGCAGCGGCUGCUUGAGGAGAGCCUUGCGGCCGGCGCUGAGCUGAAGGAGAAGUGCAUGGUGGAGCAGCAGGAACUCUCCCGACUCAAGCAGGUCUGGUCGGACACGCAGCCGGAGCUGCUGCUCAAGGUCCUGGCCCAGACCUUGGAGGUCUUCUUCGGCUUGGUGGUGCGACAAGCGGGCCUCAAAAAUCUGGAGGUUCGCCAUCGCCUGGCUGGAAAGGACAUCAGGCCUCUGCUCGAGGACGACGACUCGACGGUCCCAGACACCGAAGCGAUCCUCAUCAGGUGGAUCAACGUGAGUCUCCAAAAGGCGCGACGACAGUGCGAGGAAUGGUCCGAAGACCUCGUGAAUGUCGAGAACCAAGACGCAGUCAUCAUGAUCGCGCAGCAGGAGGAGAUCGAUAAUCUUGAGUACGACUUGUCGGACGGCGUUGCUCUUACAGCGCUGUAUGCGAUGAUCAAGGCAGAGCGCGACCAGAAGAAGUUCUCGGAAAAGGACUUGAUUGCCUUGUGCGAGACCGACAAAGAACUGCGAACCAUCCAGCUCUGCCACUGCUUGUUGGAGCUGGCGCCAACAGAAAGGGCGAAGUGCUUGCUGGUUCCCCACGAGAUCAUGCAAGGCUCCUCGGACAAGCUCCAGACCUUCUUGUCUGCGAUCUUCGUGGAUUGCCCGAUGCUCCAGGAUGCGCGUGCCUCUGGUAGUGCCGCUGAGGCACUGUACGAGAAGCUCUGCAAGGUCUUGGACUACAUGGAGGCGUCUGCAGGGCGUGCUGGCUAUGAGCCCAUGGAGGAUCCGACGCCCCUGCUCCAUGGCGGUGAGGAGACCCAGGCCCUGGCCACAAUCUCCGUGGAGCAGAUCCUCUUGAGGUGGAUCAAUGCGCAGCUGAGUAUGGACAACCCUCAGCACAGGCCCGUGGAGAACUUCGGAUCGGAUUUGCAGGACGGCGUGGCCUUAUCCAAGCUUCUCACCGUCAUUGCGCCAGAGGCAUGCCCGGUUCUCUUCUCGGAGAGUCGGGAGGAGCGCCUGGACCAGGUCAUCGCCGCGGCCGCGCGGUGCGGGGAUGGCACCGAGGUCUUGACGGUGAAUGCGGUGGUAGAGGGACAGUCGGACAUGCUCGCCUGCUUCUUGGCCGCCCUGCUGCUGGUCCGCCCCAACCUCGCAGCACAGCCCGACUCCCUCCUGGCGAUGCACCUGCAGUUGCUGGAGCAGGUGUGUGGGGAAGGCUUUGGGGCCCUGGCUGCCGACAACCCCUCCGAGACCAUGAAGUUCUGCUUGGAGCUUGACUCCUGCUGGAACGAGUUUCGGCUCGCGGCGCAGGCUGUGCAGGAAGCCUCCAAGACCAUGUCGGGCAUCCUGGAGCGCGUGCACGCCUUCUUAGGUGAGACCUUGUCGCACCGGGCCCGCGGCCAGCCCAAGACCAUGCUGGAUGCCAAAGAGCUCAGGGAGUUCCACCUCUACACCUCCGUGAACGCCGACCGGCUCUCGCAGACGCUCGGGAAGGAGGCCGGGAAGGAGACGGAGAAGCUCGAGCCGGCUGUGCUCGCCAAGCUCGAAGAGCAGCUGCGGCGGCACUUCCGGCUCCUCCGGGACAUCUACAAGCACUACAGCAGCUCGAGCCCCUCGGGGGCCCACGGCGUGGCCUUGGAGGGGCUGCUCAAGCUCUUCCAGGAGUGCAAGCUCCGGUCCAAGGAGCUCGCGCCCCACCACCUCGAGGUGAUCUUUAACGACCACUUGGAGGACAAGAGCAAGACCGGGGAGGACCGGCUACUGGCUUCGCACGAGUUUGUGGAGGUGCUGGUCCAGUGCGCCCACAAGAAGUUCCUGGGCGCCUGCAGCUCCCCUGACAACUUGGCCGAGCAGAUGCUGCUGCUCAUCGACCUCCACCUGCGGCCCAACGCCUGCAACGACGCGGAGAGCAUGUUCCAGAAGAUGGCCUACAGCCCCGACGUGCGCCACGUCCUCGACCAGCACUCGCGGGAGCUGAAGGAUGUCUUCCAGCUCUAUGCUACCCUGGACAUGUCGACGACCGACGCCAUGCAGCGGGCCAGCACCAUGAACAUCACCGAGUUCCAGAUGUUGCUGGAUGACACCGGAUUCUUGGACGAGGCGCUGACCGAGGUCGCUGUGCAGCAGAUCUUCCAAGGUAUCCAGCAAGAUGCAACAGCUGACGAUGAGGACAAUGGCGGGGAGAAUGAAGAUGGGGCUGGCCUGGAUGACGACGACGAGAUGUCUUUCUCAGAGUUCUUGGACGGUCUUGUGGCCGUGGCUGCAUACAAGUUCCCAGAUCCCUUCGUUCCACUCAGCUCACGCAUCAACACGUUCCUGCUGCAGCUUUUCGUUGCUUUGCGGAAGCACUGGAGCCGGAAGCGUGGAGCACCGCAAGUCGAUGCCAUGCUGAACGCCCUGCAGAAGAAGAUGAGGACCUUUCACUUGCGGGGGCGACGAUACCAGGUUCUUCCGCAAGGCCCGUUGAAAAACCUCACAGACCAAGACUCGCCCGAGGCUCGGCGCGAGCUCAUGCGAGCUGUGCGAACGCCUGCUUCCAUCCGGCUACGACCAGAUCCCGUGGACUGCGGUGAGGAUGGCAUCGUUGCAGUGAAUCUGGCGCGCCCCUUCGAUCUAGCCAGCUCUGGGCGAACAGUGCUGCGUGCGAGGCAGCGGGCUUCGUUCCAGGCUGCGGUAUUCAGGGUGCUCAGCGAUCGGGGCCAGACAGAACUUCGAGCACAGGUCACUCAUUUCAUCGGCGGACCAUGCGAGGAGGAGAAGGUGGCUUGCUGCGUUGUCGCCUCUUCGUCCGGCUAUAGCAUCGUGCAGGAUGACGCCUGCCUACUUGCUGGGCUGUCGGUGGCCGAGGAGCUUGCAUCGUCUGGGACCGGCGCGGCUGCAGAAGGUGCCGCAGCGGCCCUACGUCUGUCUGCCAUUGAUGUGGCUGGAGCUGGAAUAUCCUCGAUUUCGACCCUCGACGCGGAGGACAGAAAAGAGGAGGUACCCUCCGGAGACACAAAACGUCGGCGCAUUGAGCUCGAGGCUGACGCAAGCCCAGACUCGAAUGCUGCACACGAUUCGUCUGUGCGGGUUUUCGUCUACUGGGGCUACGCUGGCUGGAGCCGUUGUCAGCUAAUGGGCGAGAUCGCUCGAGGCAGUUGGGGCUUGUGCAAAGCCAACACCCAGGACGUCGUAUCCAAAAGCCCUGACGAGGUCUGGCACGAGGUCUAUCCUCGAUUGGUCUUCGCUCCCAGAAGUGAAAUGAGCGAAUCUUAUGGAGGAGAAUCGCCAGAAGAGGAGGAACGGCGCCAACAGCUGCGCCGCAUGGCCAUCAUCCACGACCUCCUUACCGGCCGGCAAGCAGCAUCUCGCGAAGAGGAGGAAGAAGCUACGAAUGACGCGGAGGAGGAGGAGACUCAAGGUGGAGCUCAAGAACGCGCUGCCCUUGCGGAAGAGCUCGAGGCAGCGGACGCUUCGGAGUCUGAGGAGGAGGCCGAGGAAAGUGCGCCAAUCGUAACCGACGAAGACGUGAGCGGGGAGGAAUGCGAGGGCCCAGCGCAGCCAGUUCCGCGGGCUGUUGCAGUGCAGGAAUGA